CGUAAAUCCAACCCAAUUAUUAGCCCUAUUAAUAAUGCCCUUAUCGACCUCCCGGCCCCCUCAAACCUAAAUUAUAUAUGAAAUAUAGGAUCUCUUUUAGGAAUCUGCCUUAUCAUCCAAAUUCUAACCGGCCUCUUCCUAACAAUACACUAUUGUAGAGACACCUCUUUAGCUUUUUCUUCUAUCAACCAUAUUAUACGUGACGUUAAUAAUCUCUGAUUAAUUCGAAUCGCUCACGCAAACGGGGCCUCCUUUUUUUUUAUCCUAAUUUACACCCAUGUAGGCCGGGGCCUCUAUUUUUUUUCUUUUCAAUUUAAACAUCUCUGACUCUCAGGAGUUUCAAUUCUUCUUAUUUUAAUAGCAACAGCCUUCCUGGGGUAUGUUCUCCCCUGAGGCCAAAUGUCCUUCUGGGGAGCCACUGUAAUUACUAACCUUCUAAGAGCUAUCCCUUACGUAGGAAUAGAUAUCACUCAAUGAAUCUGAGGAGGAUUUGCCAUUAACAAUGCUACACUAACUCGAUUCUAUAGUCUCCAUUUUAUUCUCCCCUUCAUUCUUCUCGCCCUUGUAAUAAUCCACCUAAUCCUCCUUCAUGAAAAAGGCAGUAGAAACCCUCUUGGCCUCCCUCUAAACUUAGAUAAGAUUAACUUUCACCCAUUUUACACUCUAAAAGAUCUUUUAGGCCUUUGUUUCUUCCUUUUAUUUUUUCUAUUAAUCAUCCUUCAACUCCCUUAUGUUUUUUUUGAUCCUGACAACUUUAUUCCUGCAAACCCCAUAGUAACCCCCCCUCACAUUCAGCCUGAAUGAUAUUUUCUUUUUGCGUAUGCCAUCCUACGGUCAAUCCCUAAUAAAUUAGGAGGAGUCAUUGCCCUAUUUCUAAGCAUCCUUAUUCUAGCAACACUCCCUUUUACAAUAAAAAAUAACCUUAAACUUCCCAAUGCUUACCUAAGCCAUAAAACAAUAUUCUGAAUUUUAACCGCUGUAUUCUUCAUACUAACCUUUUUAGGAUCCUGCCCAAUUGAAUUCCCCUUUGUUAACCUUAGUUUAAUUUUCACAAUUCUUUAUUUUUUUAUCUUUAUUAUUAUACCUCUUCUUUCAAUUUAAUCCCCUCUAAAUAUGUCACACUAGCAGCAACCCUGUUAGUGUGGCAUUUUACACGAAAUUUUUAUCAAUUUAUAUCAAAUAAUCCCCCCCCCCUCUAAAUAUGUCACACUAGCAGCAACCCUGUUAGUGUGGCAUUUUACACGAAAUUCUAAGUUAGGUAUCUUUUAUUCUAAGAUCCAAAAUUUAGAAGAACUAACUCCUUUCGUACUAAAGUCCCUACUUACCCUCAGUAGAUAGAAACCAACCUGACUUACGCCGGUCUGAACUCAGAUCAUGUAAGAUUUUAAAGGUCGAACAGACCUAACAAUUUUAGCUUCUACACCAAAAGUUAAUUUUAAUCCAACAUCGAGGUCGCAAACUAUUUUACCUAUGUGAACUAUCCAAAAUAAUUACGCUGUUAUCCCUAAAGUAUCUUAUUCAUUUAAUCAACCUUAUUGGCUAAAAAGAAAGAUUUUUAAUCUUUUUCUAUCGCCCCAAUCAAAUACCUCUUAACAAGCAUACCUUCCAUCCAAGCCAAGAAAUAUUAAGAUUUAUAGGGUCUUCUUGUCCCACUUUUCUAUCUUCUCUUUUUCAAGAAAAAAUCAAAUUCUACUCUUUACUAUAAUAAAGCUAAAUUUCAUAAUUCCAUUCUCUUAGCGCCCAUUUAAAGCCUUAUUUCAAUACCUUUGUGUGGUAUAACCACAGCAAUUUAAACCCAUUGAGCAGAAAAUAUUUUU